AUGGCGGGUGUGGCAGAGGUCGUUGCUGGUGGUAAUGGUCAAGGAGCUGGUUCCAAUCAAUUGAACAAUCCAAUAGGUAUUUUCCUGGACGAGAAUCGAGCACUCUAUGUUGUAGAUCGAUCGAAUCAUUGUGUCACUAAAUGGGAACCAGGUGCAAGAGAAGGCACUAUUGUGGCAGGAGGUAAUGGUCAAGGUAAUAAUUCGAAUCAGCUUGAUUCUCCGACGGGAGUUUUCGUUGAUACUAAGGGCACUGUCUAUGUAACCGACAGACUUAACAAUCGUGUAGUGCGAUGGUCCAAAGGAGCUACCGUAGGCAUUGUUAUUGCUGGCGGAAAUGGUGUCGGUAAUGGGUCAAAUCAAUUGAAUGGAGGGUUUGAUUUAUCAUUUGAUCGCCAUGGCAACUUGUACGUGACAGACGAUGGUAAUUUCCGUGUACAGAAGUUCCUGUGUGAAGGAGCCGAAUCAGCAUCCAACCAGUUCUACUUCAAUUUUGUUUUGUCGGCUUUUUGUUUUUUGCUUUAUCUUUACAUGUGA